AGACUUACGUAAGAGCCGCGCGCCGGGUGGAGGGCAGCUUCAAGAUGGCGGCCGGUCCACUCCGAGGUCUUGUCCGAUGUAUUUGGCGGCUGGAAGCCGGCCGGUCCUGGGCACCUCCACAGCGAGGCUUCCGGUCGUCUGGGCCUGCUGCUGUUCAGGUCACUGUCCGUGAUGCUUUAAACCAGGCUUUAGAUGAGGAGAUAGAGAGGGAUGAGAAAGUUUUCUUGCUUGGAGAGGAAGUCGCACAGUAUGAUGGUGCAUACAAGAUUAGCAGAGGACUUUGGAAGAAAUAUGGAGAUAAAAGGAUAAUAGAUACUCCUAUAUCAGAGAUGGGAUUUACUGGAAUUGCUGUUGGUGCUGCCAUGGCUGGCUUGCGACCCGUUUGUGAAUUCAUGACCUUCAAUUUCUCCAUGCAAGCUAUUGAUCAGAUUAUAAACUCGGCUGCUAAAACCUACUAUAUGUCUUCUGGCUUGGUAUCCGUCCCUAUCGUCUUCAGGGGUCCCAAUGGUGCCUCAGCAGGAGUAGGAGCCCAGCAUUCACAGUGUUUUGCAGCCUGGUAUGGGCAUUGCCCUGGACUGAAAGUAGUUAGCCCCUGGAGUGCAGAGGAUGCAAAAGGUCUCCUUAAAGCAUCCAUCAGGGAUGAUAACCCAGUUGUCAUGUUGGAAAAUGAGUUAAUGUAUGGUGUGUCCUUUGAGUUGUCUGAGGAAGUACUUUCAAAAGAUUUCAUUGUUCCUAUUGGAAAGGCCAAGAUAGAAAAGCAAGGAACCCAUAUAACUUUGGUAGCUCACUCAAGAUCUGUUGGCCACUGUCUCGAAGCAGCUGCUGUCCUUGCCAAAGAUGGAGUGGAAUGCGAGGUUAUCAACCUUCGUAGUAUUCGGCCAUUGGAUAUUGAAACCAUUGAAAGUAGCAUCAUGAAGACCAAUAAUCUUGUAACAGUAGAAGGUGGCUGGCCCCAAUUUGGGGUUGGAGCUGAAAUCUGUGCCAGAGUUAUGGAAGGUCCUGCUUUCAACCAUCUGGAUGCACCCGUGGUUCGUGUCACAGGUGCCGAUGUGCCAAUGCCUUAUGCAAAGAUCUUAGAGGAAAACUGCAUACCUCAAGUAAAGGACAUAAUAGUUGCUGUGAAAAAGACGAUCAAUAUCUAGAUCUUGUGUGAAAAUUCUGUUUGAGAACUUAUCUUUUUUUAAAAAAUAUUAUUUAUGGAGCAUACUGCAAGCCACUGUAUCCAGAGCUGCACUUUAUAUUGCACAUGGAUUGGACUAAGGCAUUACAAAAGGAAUAAUAGAAACCAUGUUUGUUACCGACCAAGUUGUCUCUCUCUCUCUCAAGAAGCCAAGGCAAAGGGAGAUGAAUUAUUAAGGAACUUUCAUUAUAUGAUAAAAUGUCUUGUUAUUGCCUACAAGAUCAGGUUUGCUUCUGAUGAGCAGCCCAUUAUAUCAAGAAUCAGCUUGUGCUUAUUUUGUAACUUACGUAGCUUGUAAUAAAGGUAUUAACUAAAUUGUG